AGGCAAGGAAGACUUCAGAGUUCAGUUUAAUGAAGAGUUCACUCACCUCACAUCGUAAAGGUAAACUCCAGGAUUGGGUGUGUUGCUAUCAGCGGAGAGUGGCCUUCGGGUUUCGGGUUUAUAAACACCGGGCGAGCAAGGGUGGUUCCAGCAAGGAGGGAUCUUUGGAGCCAGGAUCUGCCUUCUGCUGGGUCAAGGGGGGAAGAGGGGGAAUCUUUCUCUGCCGCAAACUACCAGGAAUCAGCAGCCGAGGCAGAGGGAGGUCCGAGGGAGAUUUUGCCACAGGGAGACAGAGCACGGAGCCUCGAGGGCCCCACCUACCCUGAGCCACGGACGUCGGAGAAAUGCCGCUCGGGCCUACCCCUGCUUCGGGCCGCUCUCCGGAAGAGUUGGAACAGUUGUGGUGGUAUUACAGGACGGAGGAUCCCACCCCGUGGAAUUACUCAAUGCUGGUCCUCUCCUGUUUGGUUUUGGUGUUGGGACUCUCUCUCCUGGGAACUAACAUCAGGAACAAAAGAAUUCGGAAGACACGGGCAAGAGAGAAACAACUGGCCGAGGCGUAUUCCCAGAGCUGCUCUAAGCCUUUGAAGGACAGCGAAGACUUAAAUAGCAUAAAAGACGGUUUCCUUUCAGAAGAGCCCACGGCGGGCCAGACGAUUGAGUUGAAGGAGAGACAGUUUACCGAUGUUAAAGAGGAAUCAACAGAAGCGGAUGUCUAGUGAGAGCUGAAGGGGUUUGACAAACAGAAACCUGAGCGACGUUCUGUAUGCCAAAACGGCUCCACAGCCAGGCACUUUGAAGGGCUGAAAUCACCAGCUUGACGUGAAUUGGAUCGAGGCAGGGAUAAACAUGCAGGGGUUUGCGGGUACUCUGGCCUAGUGAAAAGAGCCCGACCUGAGUUCUAGAUCCACCUCCGCCACUUGCCUGCCGUGUGACUUGGGGAAAGGCACUUUGCUUCUCUGUACCUCA